CUGGGCAACAGUUGGAGUGUUGACAGAGAAGGGAGAGGCAAAAAUGAGCUCUUCUGGGAAGAGCUACUGUAUAUGGAAAAUGGGGUGUUUGGAUGAGACAAAUGCCUCUGUUUUUUUGUUUGGCGAUGCAUACAAGAUGAACUAUAAUGAGAGGGUUGGGACCGUUUUUGCCCUUUUUAACUCAAAUGUUCGCAAGGAUGAUGCUGGAAAAGGGUUUUCGUUGAGCUUGUACUCAGUUAGUCAAAUUUUAAGGAUAGGGACAUCGGCGGACUAUGGUAUCUGUAAGGGUAAAAGGAAAGAUGGAAUGGCUUGUACGAUGGUGAUAAACAAAAAUAAGAUGUCUUAUUGCAAGUAUCAUUCAUCAAAUGCUUCCCAAAAUUAUACCACUGCACGUGCUGAACUGAAGGGUGGGAACUUGAAAUUGGCAUUCAGACCCCAAGGAGAGGGUGUUUACAUUGUUAACCCCCAAGCGAACCAAUCUAACAGAGCAACUUCAGUGCAACAAGUAAAAGUGAUGUCUGUAGAUGGACUUAGGAAAGUCCUAAGGGUGAAUACCUCCGUCUGUUUAUUUGAAGGGUUCUUAUCCAAGAUCUUUACUGCAGAUAAAAUAACAACCAAUAGGCAUUCUCAGGGGAUACGAUUCCUCAAUAAACUAACAGAAGUCAAGACUGAACUAAAACUACCUGAUAAACAAACUCUGAAGCAAAAAGAAAUAAAAGCCCACUCAGGAAAAAGACCUGCUGUAGCUACAAAGCUGCCAUCAAAUCUGGCACUAAAAAAUGGAACAGAGUCUAAAAGGAAAAAAGCCUAUCAAUCUUCUGCGAACAUGAUAGAGCUUGAAGUUAUCAGCUCAGAUGAAGAUCGUUGACCGUGAUUUUACAGCACUUUUAUCCUGCAAAUGGUCUACGGCUAAACAAAAGAUGAAGCUUUCAGUGCCAUUGGUAUGUUUUGACACUGUGGCCAUGGUUGCCGUUCAGCAUUCUUCACCCAUAAACGAAAUGCACCAUGGAUUUCUGUAAUCUCAAGCUCUUUUAGCUGCCAUCAGUAUUUUAGAUUCCUAUUUGUGUUUGUUCUAAAAUUUAUGUAUUUGUCUUCAAGGAAUGUAUCUUACGAAUAUUGUUGCUAAAUAUUUGCCAUC